AUGGCGACUCGGUACCGCCGCCUGCAGCGACUCGGUUAUAGCUGACUAAAUUACACGUAAUAAACCGCGAGAAUGAGUAACGGGACGCGCGUGAACUCGUCCCCGGCUGUGGCGGCGCACGCGGAGGGAGAGGAUAUAGAAGUGCUGGGGACUGAGGACGGAGAUCAAGAACCCACUGAGGAGCAAUGGAAAUCUCUCUUUGAUAAGUAUGACCCGGAGGGUUCGGGGUUCAUCAGUGCAGAGCGUUUACGGGAUCUACUCGACACUCACGGGUCUGAACUCGAUACACAUAAACUGGAGGUUCUGCUGGCACUGGCUAACGGAAACUCUGAAGGAAAAAUCCGUUACCAAGACUUCAUCAACCUGGUGAGUCCUUCUGACCAAUUAAGGAUGGACAACAAGCGGUCCAACAGUUUUCGGCGAGCGAUCCAGCACGGUGGGAGGCAACUGAGAGGCUCCAGUCUGAAGGAAGAAGUGGGACUCGGUCUAUCCCAGAGAUUUGUACGACAUGUAGCAUAUGAGACGCUGCCUAGAGAGGUGGAUCGCAAGUGGUACUUUGACAGCUACACCUACUGUCCUCCACCAUGGCUAAUACUGACCAUCACCAUCGCAGAGAUGGUGGUGUUUAUGUAUUACGCAUUUCACUUGGAGCGCUGGGUGUUCCAGAUUUCCUCUCCAUCCUUCCUGAAGAGCCCUCUGCUGUACCACCCUCAGUGCAGGUCACAGGCCUGGCGCUACCUCACCUACAUCUUUAUGCACACCGGGAUUGAGCACCUGGGUUUAAACAUGGCCAUGCAGCUGUUGGUUGGUGUUCCUCUGGAGAUGGUCCACGGAGCCACCAGGAUCGGCCUUAUCUACCUGUGUGGAGUUCUCGCAGGUUCUCUCGCAGUGUCUGUGUUAGACAUGGCUGCUCCUGUGGUUGGAUCAUCAGGGGGAGUGUACGCCCUUGUCUCUGCCCAUCUGGCCAAUGUCGUCAUGAACUGGUCUGGAAUGAAGUGCCAGUUUAAGCUUUUCCGUAUGGCAAUGGCGCUGGUGUGCAUGAGUGUGGAGUUUGGCCGAGCCGUAUGGUUGAGAUUCUACCCCCCUGCCGUGCCGCCGUGCCCGAAUCCGAGCUUCUGUGCACACCUGGGAGGAGUGGGAGUGGGGUUGACUCUGGGCGUGGUAGUCCUGCAGAACUUUGAGCAGCGUCUACAGGAUCAAUUCCUGUUUUGGAUCUUCAUCAGUGUGUAUGGUCUGUUCAUCAUCUUUGCUUUCUUCUGGAACAUCUUUGCUUAUGACCUGCUGGACGUUAAGCUGCCACCAGCACCUGAGCUAUGUGUGUGUGUGUGCACCUAGCUCGCACGUAACCAGUAUAACGAUAUGUAGGGUUACAGCUAGCAUGUGCCAAGUGUGUGUAUGUGGGGGUUGUUGUUUCACCACGUAACCUUUAAUCUUCCUAGCUAUUUGUGGCUUAAAAACCAAAUGCAAGGUACCUCAUUCUA